CCGCCCGGCCCGCUUCCCGGAGCCCACCGGGAGCCGCUCGCUGGUCCUCCCGCCCCGGCUCCGGCUCCGGUCCGGACGAGACGUUAAUGCUCCGUGCGUGAGGCGAGGGGGCGGCUGGGCGCUUGGGUCGCCGCUUUCUCUCCGGGCUGCAGACGGUGGCAAGCCGACAUGGGCUGCUUCUGCGCUGUUCCGGAAGAAUUUUAUUGCGAAGUUUUGCUCCUGGAUGAAUCCAAGUUAACCCUCACUACCCAGCAACAGGGCAUCAAGAAGUCAACGAAAGGUUCUGUUGUCCUUGACCAUGUAUUCCGUCACAUAAAUCUCAUGGAGAUAGAUUAUUUUGGGCUGCGUUACUGUGACAGAAGCCAUCAGACGUAUUGGCUGGAUCCUGCAAAAACGCUUGCUGAACACAAGGAACUGAUCAACACUGGGCCUCCAUAUACUUUGUAUUUUGGUAUCAAAUUCUAUGCUGAUGAUCCAUGUAAACUGAAAGAAGAAAUAACCAGAUACCAGUUUUUCUUGCAGGUGAAGCAAGAUGUCCUUCAGGGCCGGCUGCCCUGCCCUGUGAACAUUGCUGCUCAGCUGGGAGCAUAUGCCAUCCAGUCUGAACUUGGAGAUUACGACCCUUACAAGCACACUGCAGGCUAUGUAUCAGAGUAUCGGUUUGUUCCUGAUCAGAAGGAAGAACUUGAAGAAGCCAUAGAAAGGAUUCACAAGACUCUAAUGGGGCAGGCUCCCUGUGAAGCUGAGCUGAAUUACUUGAGGACGGCCAAGUCCCUAGAGAUGUAUGGCGUUGACCUCCAUCCUGUCUAUGGAGAAAACAAGUCUGAGUAUUUCUUGGGAUUAACUCCAGUUGGUGUUGUUGUCUAUAAGAACAAGAAGCAAGUGGGGAAGUAUUUCUGGCCUCGGAUCACAAAGGUUCACUUUAAGGAGACUCAGUUUGAACUCCGGGUACUGGGAAAAGAUUGCAACGAAACCUCAUUCUUUUUUGAAGCUCGAAGUAAAACCGCUUGCAAGCACCUCUGGAAGUGCAGUGUAGAACAUCAUACAUUUUUUAGAAUGCCGGAAACAGAAUCAAAUUCAUUGUCAAGAAAACUUAGCAAAUUUGGAUCCAUAAGCUAUAAGCACCGCUACAGUGGCAGGACAGCUUUGCAAAUGAGCCGAGAUCUUUCUGUCCAACUUCCCCGGCCUGAUCUGAAUGUGACGAGAAGUCGAAGCAAGACCUAUCCUAAAAGAAUAGCACAAACCCAACCAGUUGGAUCAAACAGUAUAAAUCGGAUAACUGUAAAUCUGGAAAAUGGAGAGAAUGAAGGAACAACUAAAAUUAUCGCGCCUUCACCAGUGAAAAGCUUUAAGAAAGCAAAGAAUGAGAACAGCCCUGAUACCCAAAGACGAAAAUCUCAUGCCCCGUGGGAAGAAAAUGGCCCCCAGAGUGGACUCUACAAUUCUCCCAGUGACCGCACUAAAUCACCAAAGUUCCCCUGUACUCGUCGCCGAAACCCCUCCUGUGGAAGUGACAAUGACUCUGUGCAGCCAAUGAGGCGACGGAAAGCCCAUAACAGUGGUGAAGACUCAGAUCUAAAGCAGAGGAGGAGGUCGCGCUCGCGCUGUAACACAAGCAGUGGUAGUGAAUCGGAAAAUUCUAAUAGAGAGCACCGGAAAAAGAGAAACAGAACACGACAGGAGAAUGAUAUGGUUGAUUCAGCACCUCAGUGGGAAGCUGUAUUAAGGAGACAAAAGGAAAAAAACCAAGCGGACCCCAACAACAGGCGAUCCAGACACAGAUCUCGCUCGAGAAGCCCUGAUGUCCAAGCAAAAGAGGAGUUAUGGAAACAUAUUCAAAAGGAAUUGGUAGAUCCAUCUGGAUUGUCAGAAGAGCAAUUAAAAGAGAUUCCUUACACUAAAAUAGAGACUCAGGGUGACCCAGUCCGAAUCAGGCAUUCUCAUUCACCACGAAGUUACCGCCAAUAUCGAAGGUCCCAGUGUUCAGAUGGAGAGCGAUCAGUUCUCUCAGAAGUGAAUUCAAAGACAGAUUUGGUACCACCUCUUCCUGUGACCCGUUCUUCAGAUGCUCAGGGUUCUGGUGGUUCUACUGUUCAUCAGAAAAGAAAUGGGUCUAAAGACAGCCUGAUUGAAGAAAAAUCUCAGUUAUCUACAAGCAAUCUGGUUGGAAAGCACACAGCAAAAACAGUGAAAACUAUUCAAGCUGCCCGUCUCAAGAUAGACACUUGAACUUAGUGAAGAGCCAGCAAUGGGUUGGGAGGGGUGUUAUCACUGGUACUUUUGAAACUGUGAAUUAGGUAAUUAAGCAAGUAUUUUGGACCUGUGUCUCCCGAGUACAAAAAGCAUCCUUUACUUCUUUUAAAGAUCUACAUCAUACUUGAGUUGAAUGAUCUUUGCAUUAUAACUGGAAGGACAGUCUUGUAAACUUGAUGUUGCCUCUUCCUUUCUGAAACUGGAUACCAACCAUCUAUUAUCUGCCUACAAGCACCACCAGAUGCUUCUAAUCAGCCUCCAGGACUCCUGGCCUGCAGCUGGCUUUUGCUCUUGGCAAUAGAAUGCCAAAUGGGCAGAAAGUGAUCUCCCCAGCUCCAGGUAGUUUAAAACUAGUGCUCCACACAGAGACAUUAACUUUUGGACUGUUUUUAUUCACAUGAAGCUCCCUGUAAUAUUGUAUUUUGUGGCAUUAAGUUCCACUGGUCAUUUACAAAUGAUGUAAGAAUCUUGUUUUUCAGUGUUACUGUUUUUAGUGUCCUUGUCUUGUGUUUACUGAGUGGGAGAGGGAAGCUAUGUGUCAAUGCAAGUUGUCUUUCCAUUCUUUUAACUGGAUCUCCACAUGACCACAGUAGACCCACACAGAGCAUCUUUCCUGGCUGCAGUCCUCCACAGCUGUCCUCACCUAUGCUUCAGGGCUUUCUCACCCAUAUUCCUGCCUCGGCCCUCCUCUUUGUCAUACAUGGGAGUAUAGUAAUUCCCUCCGGCUCCAACUUUUCCAUUGUCAUCUAAAUUUCUGAGGUAAUUGACCUUCAGUAUCCUCUAAUGCUGUUUUUCAAGCCAUUUCUAAUGUGGACCCUCUACUGUAUUCACCAGUCCAAGAAUGUUUAGGUCCUAACAUUUCAUUUCUGUUCUGACCACCUUUUAUAGCUCAUCCAUUUCAAACUCAGACCUACCUAGGAACUCUCUACCCCAGGGUUUUGUUUAUAUUUGUGACCUUAUGGUUUCUUAUUUCAGAGCAGGUUCUAUCACAAGAAAAUGCUGCCCAACAGCUAUAAUUGGGCCCACUAAGCUUGUGACGGGUUAAAUACCCUUGUUUAACUGGUCUAAUCUAGACGGUAAUCUGCUAUCUGCUCUGGACUGUUUUCUACCAGAUUUUUAUUUCUUGCUUUAAUAAAGUCCAAACCUGAAGUGGUCUGGUCUUUUCUACCUACCUCUUCAACCUCACCAUCUCCAGCUCCUACAAGAGCCAUCUUAACAAGGCAAGAGGGAAAAACCGAAGCAAUCAGAGAAGCUUGACUUAUCAUCAUACUUCCAGUCCCACUCUGACUAGCUCAUGCUUUUGACUUGUCAAAUGGCAUCAUAGGAUUCAUCUCACAAACAAUAUUUUGUGAAGAUAUUCCCUUAUCAGCUGUUUCCUUCCAGAGGAACUGUGUUUUACAUCUUGUUUCCAGCUCAUAGUACAGUGCUUUCAAUAAAAUUUUCAGAAUGC